CGCGCGGGGCUCGGGUUCCCGGCCCGGGGCGGGGCUCGCGGGCGGGGCCCCAUCGGAUCGCGCGGCCGCCCCGCCCCCGCGACAGCGCGCGUCCCGCCGGCGCCCCACACUCGGCCCGCCGCCGCCGCGAGAGAUAUGUCGGAAGCAAAACCUGUCGCCAGGGACCCACUGAUGGAGACCCCGCUGUUUGAGCCACCCCCUGGGCCUCUGCUGGCUGAAGGGGCUUUGGGUGUGACGCAGCCACUGUGGGCAGAGGACCUCAGUCCCCCUGGGGACACUAACCUCAUGGAAUGCGUGGAAGGCAGCAGCCUGGUGGCCCUGCGGCUGGCCUGCAUCGGUGACGAGAUGGACCUGCGCCUACGGAGCCCCCGCCUGGCCCAGCUGCCAGGGAGGGCAGUGCACAGCCUGGCCAUCACUUACAGCCAGAUGGGGCUCUGGGGUGUGCUCGGAAGGCUGACCCUCAGUCUCGCCAGCCUCAGGGACAAUGUGUGGGCCUGUGGACGCCCAGCCUCCCGUGCCUGGGUGUCCCCCCGCUGGACCUGCAGGUGGCUGCUGCCUGUGCUGUUGCUGCUGCUGCUGCUGGGGACCCUGCGCCUGCUGCUGCAGUGAGGGUGGCCGGGUGGGCGGGGCUGGUCCCUGACCCCCGUCUUCCCCAGGUGGCCGCUGCCUGGCCAGCUCUGCCCUUUUUAACGGUAGUGUUUUUUGAAGGCCCUUUUUAUAUUUAAGCUCAGGGCAGUGCUGGGACACUGCUGAGAUUUCAUACAGUUUGUGCUGUUUUUCUACGGGAUGAAUUCUUUGUACCUCGGUGCCGUUACUGGGUGACCGCCUGUCCUGUCCUCGGCCGGCUGGGCCGCUCUGUCCUGACCCGGGCCCUCCGGGACGGCUGUCCCGGAAGGAGCCUCCAUCUCAUAGGCUGGUUGAGCGGGUGGUGGGGGCGUGCUGGCCACACCCUGUGCCAGCCAUGUCCGAGGCGGCACAUGGGAUCUGCUGGUCUAGAUCCCCAGGAGGUGGAGAGUUCAAUAAAAUAUUGGUUUCCAA